AUGAGUGCUAAACACCCAUUCCAUGAGCUGGCCGUAAGUGCUGACGGAAAGUACUUGUUUGCUGCUGUUCAAAGCAGCAUUCAAAAAUUUGAUUUGGCAACUGGACAACUUGUUGCGACAUUUACCGUGGCUAGUGAGCCUGAGAGCGAAAAGAAAGUCACAUCGUCGACUUCUGGAGAGGGUGCCAAGUGUGCUCGCGAUCUGAUUGUUACUCGGGAUGGGAAGCAUGUUGUUGCAUUUACAAACGCAAACAAGUCUGUUCUUGUUUUGAACUCUUCUGAUUUGACUCUUGUGAGUCAGCGCAAGUUCCCUAAGCGGCCAUCUACAUUGUGCACAUCAUUUGAUGACGCGCGACUACUUGUUGGCGACAAGUUUGGAGACGUUUACGAUGUUGAAUUAUUGUCUACGGAGGAGAUUGUUAAGCCAUCUGAUGGCAAGACAGAGGACGUUGCAUCGAUUGAGCCAAUUUUAGGCCACGUUUCGAUGUUGACUGAUGUUGAGCUUGUUGAGAAGAAUGGGCACCAAUACAUUUUGUCUUCUGAUAGAGACGAGCAUAUCCGUGUGACGAGAUACCCUCAGGCGUUUGUUGUUGAACGGUGGUUAUUUGGCCAUGAACAGUUUGUGGCUGCAAUGGCUGUGCCUUUAUGGGCACCUGGGUUUGUUAUUUCCGGUGGUGGUGAUGACUUUGUGGCCGUUUUCAAGUGGUGUCCAGAGCAAGGCGAAGAGCCUCUCAAGUCUACGUUGGAUCUACGGCCAUAUUUCGGACAAUAUUUGAGUGAAGAUGUGCAUUCUGCCCCACGCCGCAAGAAGGAUGCGCCGAAUCCGGACGCACCUCUGGAGAUUACAGUUGACCGGAUCGUGGCUGCCAGGGACGGACUGCUAGUGGUACAUGCAGAGGCAACUGGAGUGCUUGUGGUUUUGAGUCUUGACAGGGAGUCUGGUGCACUGCAGCACAAGCAUACAUUUGUACGGGCCGGCGGUGCCCGUAUAGUGGCGGUAGCCACAGAUGGAUCUGGCCGGUUGUAUGUGUCUUUGGACCCGAGUGUUGGCGAGGCCGUUCCACUACUGGAGGUUUAUAAUGUUUCUGAAACUGGUGAGAUUACACUGGCCGAUAGCGCUUCUGAUAUUUCUAAGACCAUUGCUGAGGUUGGGUCCGUUGCUGUGGUUGGUGAGGAGCCGUCUGUUGCACUGUAUUCAGUUCGGCACCUUCGCAAACGCGGAGAGCACUAA